GUAAGCAGUCCGGAAGUCAUGUCCAGAUCGGGUGAUAGAACAUCCACCUUUGACCCAACUCACAGUGACACCCUGCUGCACGGGCUCAAUCUCCUAUGGAGAAAACAGCUUUUCUGUGAUGUGACACUCACAGCCCAGGGACAGCAGUUCCACUGCCACAAAGCAGUGCUGGCGUCCUGUUCACAGUAUUUCAGGUCUCUGUUCUCCUCUCAUAUGAUCAACAACAAUGAGGGUCUUUCCAACAAUGAUCAAGGCAGCAGUGGAACACCCUCCUCUUCCCCUGACGACAAGCCAUUGCCGAGCACCCGACCCAUCAACAACCUGGUGCUACAGGGAUGCUCCUCCAUUGGACUACGGCUAGUGCUGGAGUACCUUUACACUGCCAAUGUCACUCUUUCCUUGGAUACCGUGGAAGAGGUACUCUCUGUCAGCAAGAUCCUCAACAUCCCACAGAUCACCAAGCUCAGUGUGCAGUUCCUCAAUGACCAGAUCUCGGUCCAGAACUAUAAGCAGAUCUGCAAGAUUGCAGCUCUGCACGGGCUGGACGAGACCAAGAAGCUUGCCAACAAGUACCUGGUGGAGGACGUGCUCCUGCUGAACUUUGAGGAGAUGUGUGCCAUGCUGGACGCCCUGCCUCCGCCCGUGGAGUCAGAGCUGGCUCUCUUCCAGAUGUCUGUGUUGUGGCUGGAGCACGACCGGGAGACCCGCAUGCACUAUGCCCCGGACCUCAUGAAGAGGCUGCGCUUUGCCCUCAUCCCUGCCCCGGAGCUGGUGGAGAGGGUGCAGUCGGUGGACUUCAUGAGAACUGACCCUGUGUGUCAGAAGUUGCUGCUGGAUGCCAUGAACUACCACUUGAUGCCCUUUCGGCAGCACUGCAGGCAGACGGUGGCAAGCAGAAUCCGUUCAAACAAGAGGAUGCUUCUGCUCGUGGGCGGGCUUCCACCAGGGCCUGACCGGCUGCCCAGCAACCUGGUCCAGUACUACGACGACGAGAAGAAAACUUGGAAGAUCCUCACAAUCAUGCCUUACAACAGUGCCCAUCACUGUGUGGUGGAGGUGGAGAACUUCCUGCUCUUACUCGGAGGAGAGGACCAGUGGAACCCCAAUGGUAAACACAGCACCAAUUUUGUUAGCAGAUAUGACCCAAGAUUUAACAGUUGGAUUCAACUCCCUCCCAUGCAAGAGAGAAGAGCAAGCUUUUUCGCCUGUUGUAUGGACAAACACCUGUAUGUGAUUGGUGGGAGAAAUGAAGCUGGAUACCUGUCGAGUGUGGAAUCUUACAACCUGGAGACCAACGAGUGGAACUACUUGUCAUCCCUCCCCCAGCCUCUGGCCGCUCAUGCAGGGGCUGUCCACAAUGGGAAGAUCUACAUUUCAGGUGGGGUGCACAAUGGAGAGUAUGUGUCUUGGCUGUACUGCUACGAUCCUAUCAUGGAUGUCUGGGCCAGGAAACAGGAUAUGAACACAAAGAGAGCAAUUCAUGUCUUGGCUGGAAUGAACGACCGUCUCUAUGCUAUUGGAGGAAAUCACUUGAAAGGGUUUUCCCACCUGGACGUGAUGCUGGUGGAGUGCUACGAUCCCAAAGCGGAUCAGUGGAACAUACUGCAGACCCCGAUCCUGGAGGGCCGCAGUGGGCCCGGCUGUGCUGUUCUUGAUGACAGCAUCUUCCUCGUAGGGGGCUACAGUUGGAGCAUGGGGGCAUACAAGUCGUCAACCAUCUGCUACAGCCCAGAGAAGGGCACAUGGACUGAGCUGGAGGGCGAGGUGGCUGAGCCUCUGGCAGGCCCCGCCUGCUCCACCGUCAUCCUACCAGCAUGCCUGCCCUUCAACAAGUAGCCGCCUCCGCCUCCGCCUCCGCCUCGCCCGGAGGGAAGUACACAUGAGGAGUGCAUCUUAAUAUGUGACCUUGCCUCCUCCACUUGCCUCCUCCACUUGCUUCUCGUCAUGAUGACAUCACUGACAACAGCAUUAUAUUUCAAUAUCUUGCAAAAGCUCAAUUGUUAAGU